GUAUCAUCCAGCAGUGUACUUGUGUGGUAGAAAGAUCGUCGUCGUAUCGGUCUCUACGUUCGUGCCCACAGAGUCUUCGUUUGUUCGUUCCACGGUACAGCCUCUUUGUGAAGUAAAUCUUCCCAGUUCAGAAUGUCCAACCGAAAGAAGGUCCUCCUUAAAGUCAUCGUCCUCGGUGACUCCGGGGUUGGCAAAACCUGUCUCAUGAAUCAGUUCGUCAGUAAAAAAUUCACCAACCAAUACAAAGCCACAAUAGGAGCGGAUUUCCAAACCAAAGAAGUCAUGGUCGACAACAAGUUGAUCACACUGCAGAUCUGGGAUACCGCUGGUCAAGAGCGUUUCCAAUCCCUAGGAGUCGGCUUCUACCGAGGUGCGGACUGUUGCGUGCUCGUGUACGAUGUCACUUCGCCGACCACUUUUAAAAGUCUCGAAAGUUGGAGAGAUGAAUUCCUGAUCCAAUCGUCGCCUAAAGAUCCCGAGAACUUCCCCUUCGUUGUAAUUGGGAAUAAGAUUGAUUUGGAAAACCGCUCGAUAACGACUAAGCGAGCUCAGUCGUGGUGUCAGUCCAAGAACAAUAUCCCGUAUUUUGAGGUUUCGGCGAAAGAGGCUCUCCACGUUGACGAGGCCUUCGCUACUGUCGCUCGCAAUGCUCAGGCGCAAGAGAACGAAGUUGAGCUCUACAACGAGUUUCCCGAUCAGAUCAAACUCUCUCCCCUGCCCACAUCUUCUUCUCGUCAAGAUAACUGCGGUUGCUAGGAGCUCCUUCCAUGUACUAUGUUCCGUGGAGGAGAGAUAAUGACAACGGGAAAAAACAAAGGAAAAAAAAAACAAUGGAGACCUCAGAGGAAAAUCACUGAUCGAGUGCGUUAUUUCCGUAAUUUUGAAUCACAAACUGCGACGAAUCGCCGCUAAACGAUUCAUCCCAAGGGUGAGACCGUCUUAGAAGCAGCCGGUGUCAUUCGCAGGAACUGCAGAAAUUGCGUAUACAUAAUUAUUACAUAUAUAAAUAUCGAUGGCGUUUCAAAGAGACGGCGGUCGCUGUACAUAAAAUACGGAAUAUCCUGAAGGCAUAUGAACACAACAAACCAUCGCUACGGAUUCCUAGAGCCUAAGUCCGUGACGGAAGAACGCCCACAUGAACUCAGAGAAGCAUCACACCGACGCUUGAACGUUCUCGAGAGCCUCCAGAAAACAUGCGCGAUGCGUGAAGCCGCUUAUCGGCAGCAGACCAUAGUUUUCGCGAGUAUCUCACCUUCGUUUAAGAAUGCAUAUUUUAUUAAGGGACCUAGGCUGAUCAUCACGCUCACUGACGGCGACUGUUGGCCUCGCUCGUAGCGUGAUAUCCGAAUCAAUGAUCUAGAUUCUAGGAGCCGACCAAAUGGAGCGUCCUCAACAAGAUGUACCCGAAGUCGGAAACGUAUGAACAACAUCGAGCAGAGAAUCUUCACGCGGGAAAGGGAGCGGAGAGACCAGCGAAGUUGGGUUUUGUUAGUUAUCGCGCUAUAGCUGAUCUGCGGGAUGGCGUGAAUCCCUGUGAUUGAGCGAAAAAAACAACGAUGGCCUAAAAUUUAAAAUUCUGAAGAAAGUUAUUAUUCUCGAUGACGGCAUGAUCGACGUGAUCACCUCGAAUAUUAUUAUAGUGUCUGUCUAGCGAAGAAUAAAACAUCCUAUUAUUAAGAAAA